ACAAUGGAUUUAAAAAGUCAUUAAUGUUGCACAACAUGAAUACACGAAUAUGUGCCCCCCCCCCAAUCAUCGUCUCCCGUACGACACUGAUCUAUAAUCAAUAUGGAGCGAAAAGCAAAUGUGAAUCAUAAUUUCCGAUCAAUAUAUUUAGGUUGUCGCAACCAUCAUGAAUGUCAUAACGGACAAUCUUGCUGCAAAAAUAAAGGAAUUCAGGAAGGGAAUUUCUGUGCUACCCGGUGCUUUGAUGCGGCCUGCUUGAUUGAUAGUGACUGUGAUAGAUAUUCGAAGUGCUGCCACGACAACAAGUGCGUUUCUUGCGCGAGCCUCGAAUGUUCUUCGAAUUCACAAUGCAGUGACGGGUAUUGUUGUGAUCGUGGUUCCCAUAGGACGAGCCGGUGUUUUCGGUCGGGUUGUGUAGGUGAGAGUUGCGACUCACGUAGCGAUUGUGGCGGCCCCAAUGAAUGUUGCAUAGAAAACAAGUGCGUCAAAUGUCCCAAGUCCGGAUGUAGAGAUAAUUGGGAAUGUCCGGCAGGAAAAUACUGCUGCAAGGGAGAAGGACAAGGUUUAUGCAGUCAAAGUUGCGUGGGGAAAUUCUGUCGCUCUAACAAAGCCUGUUCCGCUCCGGGCGAAUGUUGCAUUAACCAUGAGUGUACUGCACUGAAUUGCACCUGCAGGUCCAAAUAUGAUUGCAGAAAUGGGUUCCACUGUUGCCGAUCGUCAGGCAAUCAAGGUUAUUGUAGACCGAAUUGUACCGGCAUGAAAUGCAAACUUGAGAACGAUUGUAGUCCUGCAGAAAUCUGCACCUACCCAGAUAGGGAUUGUGUUUUGAAUCCCUCCACCAGAAAGUGUUCUGACGUAAGAAAAUGUUUCAGCCGCGAAGGAUGCUUUUCGCAUAACGACUGCAACAGUUUUGGUAGCGGGUAUUAUUGCUGCAGAGAUACGAUGUUCUUCUCCAGACGUAGCUGUUAUUCAAAUUGCAUCAAUAAGAUCUGUACCAAUGACAGCGACUGCGGUGGUGCAGGUGAAUGCUGUGACAGUAAAAAGAAAAGAUGCCUCGACUGUCCAAAAACUCCAAAUGACUUUCCCGUGUUGGCAAUUUUAUUUAUAGUAGUAGGAGUUUUGGUUUUAAUUGGUCUAAUUAGUUGGUACGUUCGUUGCAAGGUAUGCCGUCCUCGAAAUACCCUCCAACGGUCCACUGAACCAUCACCGACUGCACAGCAAGAGAUCCAGGCGACGCCAUCCUGGAGUACAGAAACAGAAAAUGGCAACGGACAAUUUAAUGUUAGGAAUACAGACGAUAGGAUAUAUGAAAAUGAUAUAGGAUUGCCCAGCGCUCCUCCCAUGGAGCUCUAUGAGAAUCCAAGUACCCUGAAUUUGCCACCUCCUCCGUCUUAUGAAUCAUUAUUUCCGAAUCGUUAGUCGUAAUACGGUGUAAACAUAAAAUUUGAAAGUCUAAUUUAAACAUUUCCACGAGAAUGAAAAACCUAAAUAUACAGUAUAAUUUAUAUACAUGUUACUGCGAUUUACAGCUGAGCGUGGAAUUGCGAAGAUUUCUCGGGAUACGCCGAAAAGAAAAUGACACUUGAAUCGAAGCUUCUUUUGUAUUCAUUUCAGUAUAAUGGCGUUGACAUUAUAACAU